CUCACCCUUUUCAUUACACACUUCAAAUUAACAAAGAUCAUCAGUCUAUACUACUUUCAAACACUUCAUAGAUGGCUUCUUCAAAUGAAUCCAACAUACUAAUUCUAAUUCCUCUUCUUGUUAGCUCCUUAAUGGGAAUGGUUGUCUUUGCUAAUGGUAACUUAAAUCAACACUUUGAUAUAACAUGGGGAGAUGGUCGUGCUAAGAUACUAAACAAUGGUGAGUUACUAACUCUAUCACUUGACAAAGCAUCUGGUUCAGGAUUCCAAUCAAAGAAUGAGUAUCUUUUCGGUAAAAUCGAUAUGCAACUUAAGCUUGUUCCAGGAAACUCAGCUGGCACUGUCACUGCCUAUUAUUUAUCUUCAAAAGGAGCAACUUGGGAUGAGAUAGACUAUGAAUUUCUAGGAAAUGUAAGUGGUGAACCAUACAUCCUUCACACUAAUGUUUUUAGCCAAGGGAAAGGAAAUAGGGAACAACAAUUCUAUCUAUGGUUUGACCCAACAGCUGAUUUUCACACUUACUCUAUCAUCUGGAACCCCCAGAGGAUUAUAUUCUCAGUUGAUGGGACUCCCAUUAGAGAGUUCAAGAACUCAGAGACUAUUGGUGUACCCUUCCCAAAGAAGCAGCCAAUGAGAAUAUAUUCAAGUUUGUGGAAUGCAGAUGACUGGGCAACAAGAGGUGGACUUGUUAAAACAGAUUGGACACAAGCUCCAUUCACAGCUUCCUACAGGAAUUUUAAUGCUGAGGCUUGCAUCUGGUCUUCUGGAGCAUCAUCUUGUGGCUCAAGUUCUGUGUCUGACGCUUCCGCCAAAGGUUCCUGGUUUUCACAGGAGCUGGAUGUUACAGGCCAAGGGAGGUUGAAAUGGGUGCAGAAGAAUUACAUGAUAUACAAUUACUGCAACGACACAAAACGAUUUCCACAGGGUUUACCACCAGAAUGCAACAUCUCUUAAAGAGGAAAACUAAGCAACCCCUUUUGUAAUAUUUUCUCAUUAUUAUCGGUACCAUUCCAGCAUUAGUUACCAGCUUAGUGAUUCUUUCAUUUGUUUCAAUCUUUGUCACCCACUAUGACAUCAUUUGUAGCCACUCAUCAGAUGUGUAAUAUUUUUUUAUAAUAAAAACAGAUUAUUUCAUUAUUACA